AUGUCCAUGGAAUCAGUGGCCAACGCCGCCUACAUGACGUACUUCCUCGCAGCGAAAGCCGUCCCCGUCGUCGCCACGUGCGCGUCCGUCUUAUUCGCCCUCGCGCCCUGGCCCACGGUCGCAGCUAUCCGUCGAGCACGGAGCACUUUGCAGUUCCCGUUUGCUCCUUUUUUCUUCUACUUUGUACAGAGCAUCAUCUACACGUUGUAUGGCUGGACAACCGCUAAUCUCGUCGUGGGUGGCACGUCGCUUUUGGGCGUGCUGCUGGGCGCCUACUACGUGCUGAUCUACUACAAGUACACGCCCAAUCGGACGCAGCCGACGAGACUGCUAUCCUCAGCUAUGCUGGUGAUCCUAUUGAUGGUCUACCAGGUCUUUACCCGUUCGCCAGAGGAGACGCAGCUGAUUACGGGCAUUCCAGCCAACAUCUUGUCCGUGUUUACCGCUGCUUCGCCGUUGCUGCAGCUCAAGAGCAUCUUGCGACGUAAAGACGCGUCCUGCUUGCCACUGGGCAUGUCUGCCAUGAAUGUCGUGGGUGGCUCGCUGUGGUUCAUUUACGGCAUCAUGUUGGGCGAUCCGCUUGUCAUGUGUCCGAACUUGUUUUCGCUCACGAUGGGGAUCAUCCAAGUGUCGCUCAUUUGUCUCUAUCCGGGAGGGAAGAUCAACAGUGCUGAAGAGAUCAAGGCAGAAGCGAUAAAGCCGGGUAAGAAGGUCAGUCCACGCAACAAGACGAAAGUCCACCGUCCGGAAUGA